AUGAUCGCUUGCUGUUUGUCGUACGGAACUGACCGUUCAAUAAAUAAUAAUUAGACUUCACACAUCUUAUCGACAGAGAUUUAAGGCAGUAAAUGGAUUAUGUUCUUUCGUCGGUACUGAUUAAUGUUUUAUUCAAGUAUCAAAGUUAAUUAGACAUUUGUUCACGAUUGCGUUGCUUUGUGUAUCGUGGUGGUUGGUAUAUAAUGAGAAUGAUGGGUGACGAACAGAUGGGUUACGGAGACUACUACAACUACGACAACAACUGGUCAAUCAUUCCUGCGGACUAUGGUGCUGAUCCGAACUGUCAGUACAGACAACCGCAGGUAGAAGAAGACUAUCGUUAUGGCACUUAUGCGUUACUUGAUAGUAUGAAGAUGCCGGGUCAACGGCCAGGAUUUCAAAUUUCUGAUAUUCUGGGACUUAAUGAAGCUAAAGGCUUAGAAGCGCCCGCGCAGGGCAGCUUGAAUUCGCUUGAGCUACCGCCCUACGCGCCGCCUCAGCAUUAUUCACACGAACUAUUAAGACAUCAUCAACCUUGGCUUUCUUUGGAUCAACACGAUGGAACUGGUAUUAUUGGACAGCAAGCGAGUCCGGAUAGUACGUCUCGUGCAUCUGAACUCUCUUACGUAGGCCCGGCGGCAUCGUCUCCGACUGUUGUUGACACCCGUCACGAUCAAGACCACGAUCACGACCACGAUCAUAGCUUAGAACACGAUGACGACAACGAUCAUGAUCAACCACCAACAGGUAACGACUCCGGUCUCUCACACAAGAAACGUAAACGUCGUGUCUUGUUCUCUAAGGCCCAAACAUAUGAGCUGGAAAGACGGUUCAGACAACAGAGAUACCUAUCCGCUCCAGAAAGAGAACAUUUAGCGAGUUUAAUACGUUUGACGCCGACGCAGGUGAAGAUUUGGUUCCAAAACCACAGAUACAAAACGAAACGGGCCGUUCAAGAAAAAGGUUCGCAUGAUUUAAACGUUGGUGGUCUGAAUUCACCCAGACGUGUAGCUGUUCCGGUACUCGUGAAGGAUGGUAGACCGUGCAUCGGAAAACCGGACGGGCUACCUCCACUUGGCAUGUCUCUUCCCCCAUAUCAGCCGAUGCAUCAUCAGCCGCCGGUCACGGGGCAUGGUCCUCAACCAAGUGGCUGUUGGUGGUGAAUACGUUUUUAAUUUCAAAAGUGGUUAACUAGUCGUUUUUAGCCGUUUGCGAAGGCUUUGCAAUAUUUAAAGACCGGUUUUGCUUUAAGCGAUUUGCUCUUGUGAGUACAUUUAUGUAUGCGUGGAGAUUCAGUAUGUGCCAACGGCGUGCUUAUCUAUCUGACGCAUGCAAUCGGUUUACAGCAAACUGAUAAGUGUGAAGGUAACAUAGAAACAGAAUAUUGGCAUUGGUCUCUUUAAAUAAUUUUGCAAAUUCAUCGCAACAUUUAUUUAUUACAUAAGUUUAAAAAAAUUGAGCGUAAUUUUUUUUUUCGUUCUGAGCAUAUUAUGUAUGCAUAAUUUUUGACUACCAGCUCGAAUACUAUUUGUGACACAUUUACUUUUAGUUGCUAAAUGUAAGGUAUUGGUUCCUAUUUUAUUGUAAUACCUUAAACUAAUAAGAAAUCUUGAAAGGACACCGGACACCAAAAAUUUUGAAGAAUUUAACAAAGAUAAUCAUUUUACAUUGUUUUUUUGAUUCUUGCCAAAAGUUUUUCUCAAUUAAUAUGUUUUUUUUUAUAGUUAAGUAACAAUGAUUCGACUUCAAGUUUAAACAGUUUUAAAGUAAUUAUAUAUAAUAAAUAAAUAAAAAAAUAACAAUUUAAUUCAGUCAUUAAAUGCAUUUUAGUGUUCAUUUGUAAAUUAUUGUAUAAAGCAAGCAACAAUUAUUAUCUAAGAUAUCAUUAUGAAAAUGACCAGAUUUUAUCAGAUUGCAAUAUUUAGACCUAAGGCUCAGUAUUAUCAUAGUCGAAUACGCCUAGUGAAUAGUUAUUUAUGUAUAUUCCAAAAAAAUAUAUUUAUGAAAUAAUUUCGUAGU